GAAUCAUGGCUGCCCGGAGAGAGCCCAGCAGUGACGAUGAAUCAUAUGAAGUGUUGGACCUAACAGAGUAUGCCAGACGUCACCAUUGGUGGAACCGCUUGUUUGGGCGGAAUUCUGGGCCACUUACAGAAAAGUAUUCUGUAGCUACACAAAUCGUCAUGGGAGGUGUGUCAGGCUGGUGUGCAGGAUUUUUGUUUCAAAAAGUUGGCAAACUUGCUGCAACAGCAGUAGGUGGGGGUUUCCUUUUGCUUCAGAUUGCCAGUCAUGGUGGAUAUAUACAAAUAGAUUGGAAGAGAGUUGAGAAAGAUGUAAACAAAGCAAAGAGAAAGAUUAAAAAGGAAGCAAAUAAGUCUGUACCCGAAAUUAACACUUUAAUUGAAGAGUCUACUGACUUUAUCAAGAAGAAUAUUGUUGUAUCUGGAGGGUUUGUGGGUGGGUUCUUACUAGGCCUUGCCUCUUAAGAAACUACUUGAAAACGGAGAAUGGAUCUGGAAAUAUGGACUUAAACUUGUGUAGAACAAAGGUUGUGUAAAAUACACUUAAAAACUGAGUAAUGCCUGUCAGAAAAAAAGACACUUUUUAUUUUUUAGGAUAUUCGUGGUAUAUGCUUAUAUGCAAAGAGGUCGUGGCAUUGCAGAGUGCCUAAUCUGUACUGAUGGACUAAUUUUUGGCUAGUUCAUGUAUGCGUUUAUUCUUUGCACUACUGUUCUUAAUGAUGUUAGUAUCUGAAAAUUUGUGUGUUUCAUUUGGUUUUAUUAUGUGUUUUUGUCAUGAUAGACCAACAAAUCCUCAUGAUACCUUUACUCCAUAAAUUUGCAUUAUAUAUUUAAAUGUACAUUUGUUUUUCUGAGUAGUGCCAAAACAAUGUACUGUAACUGGCAAUCAAACCUGGUGGUUAUUGUUAUUUAAAAAAGGAAAACAUGCGCAAUAUAGAUUAUUAUGCAGAAAUAUAUAAGUAGCAAGAAACCACUAGGUUGUAUUGAACAAUGGUGUAGAGUUAAAGAAAAUAUAGGUCACAUUGUUAAGUUGUAUUUGGAACAACAAAAAUGAUUAAAAAGCAAUUAUUCUAAUUAUAUUUGCAUUAACACGAGAGGUUUUAUUGAUGAAAGGUGAAGCUGGAGGUGAAUAGAAAUAAUACCACUUAUUAUCCUGAGAAGCCUUUGAGAAAAUAGAAGCAAAUCAAAGCUGUAAGAUUAAAGUACUUGUUUGAAAUUA